CAAGCUGUUCCGUGCCAUUAAGUGUCAGAGAUGGAUCUAGUUCAAGUUGAUUUGUUAUCUCCCCUGUGGAUAGUUGUUAUGUAUUACACGUAUACAGAGUGCUCGGAAACGUAUCUGAAAAGGUUUUGCUGCAGGCAUCGGACGAAGGACUAUAAGUAGUCCAUCAAAAUUCUUUGGUGAAAGUGCAGGCAUUUGUGAAUACUCUAACUGUCUUCGUUCUUUCAGUUCUUCCGAUAGGAAAGGUCGGCGGUGAAAUAAUCGGAAAGGCAGGACACACCAUGGUGAAGGUCUGCCUGCUUGUCGUCUGCGCAGUCGUCCAGCUUCUCGUUGCCGCACAAGCUGCCCAGUAUUUCAUCGUAGCGCCAAAUGUCGUCCGCGUGGCUGUUGAGGAAACCAUUCUCGUCAGUGUCCGUGGAACCGGUGCCAACCAGAUUCCGGUGACGCUUUAUUUCCAAGUGGCCUGGAGCACCGAUCGGAUCUCGGAGAGGACCAUCUUGGUUACUGAAAAUGAACCACAAGUUGCUGUGCUGACCAUCCAUGGGGACCAGUUGCCAGAGUUACCAACAGGCGGGCAGCAAUUCGUCACAUUGGUGGCCACUGCCAAUUCUGCUCAACUCACAUUCCAGGACCUACGCCCGAUUCUACUGAGCUACCAGGCUGGCUUCGCCUUCAUCCAGACGGACAAGCCACUCUACACACCUAAACAAGAUGUUAACAUUCGUGUUGUGACCCUGGAUCAGAACAUGGCGCCGAUGAAUGAUGAGUUGGGAGUCGACAUUAUCAACCCAGAUGGGUUAACUGUGGAGAGAAACAGGAGAAGACCCAAUGGGGGUUUUAUGACCCACUUUUUCUCCCUCCCUCCGAACCCCGUCUUAGGAAGCUGGACGGUGACCGCUUAUUAUGGGCAUCAGUUCAAAAGUAACUCAUCGAUCCAGUUUGAGGUAAAAGAGUACGUACUGUCGAAGUUCUACGUCGAGGUCACCCCCCACUCGAUGUAUAUUGUGCCGGGAACAGAGAACCUCGUCAGCAGAGUGACCGCAAGGUACAUGUUUGGAGAGCCAGUAGUUGGCAACUUCUAUGUGAUCUACGGAGUGUUUGAGGACGAUGGUAGUCUUUUUAAACUGCAGUCGAAAGAAGGCCGGUUAAAUGAGGAAGGUCGUGCUGAUCAGGACCUGGAUUUGGGCGACUUGGAAGUCGUGAACUGGGCUGAGAUACUGAUGGGCAAGCGGCUGAUCAUCCAGGCCUUCGUCACAGACAGGGCCUCAGGCGAGACCGUCAAUGCCAACAACACCAUGGUGACCUUCAGCCCGACACCCUACACGUUCAACUGGGACCUCACCCAGCGAUACUUCAAGCCUGGAUUGUCGUUCACCGUCAAGGCAUGUAUUCGAUACAUGAAUGGCCUCCCGGCUGACGGUGUGCGGGUGAUAAUGUCGGCCACAGCUACACGGCAAAAUGGUGCAAACGUCAAUUUGCCUGGUGGUUACGCCGAUGACGCAUCGCGUAAGCUGUCGGGUCCACAGGGUCAGCUAGACUUCACGCUGAAUAUGCCUGCUGACACCACCAUGGUAUCAGUCUCAUUGGAGACAGACGAACCGUACUUCGUAGAUGCAAACACACGCGACACAAUAUUUAUCCAGCCGCAAUUCCCGAACGCCAAUCGCGAAUACAUGGUGGUACGCCUGCCAUCUCAAGAUAUCAGACAAACUCCACAGAUUGGAUGGCUCAGUUCGGUAGAAGCUCAACUGACGCACCCACAGAAUGUCGACGUAUUGAACUACUUCGUGAUUGCUGGGGGGAGGAUAGUGCACAAGGGCGUCAAGGACCUGGUCAACUUGAACACAGCCCUUGAUUUCAUGGUCACCCAUGACAUGGCCCCCUCGGCACGAGUGGUCGCCUACUACAUCAAGGAUGAUGGCCACGUCGUUGCCGACGCACUCCUGAUCGAUGUGGAGGAGAAGUGCAAGAAUCCCAUUGACUUACGUUUCAAAGGACUGGUCAUUCAGGAGGGCGACAUUUUCAAGUCGGACCGCCCUCGCCAGAAUAUUGAGUUGGAGAUCCGCGGCCAGGCAGAAACGAAGGUCGGCUUAUUGGCUGUGGACGAAGCAGUCUUCAAGCUUCGUAACAGCCACCGACUCACGCAAAAGAAGGUUUUCAAGAGAAUGGCCGAGUAUGAUUUGGGCUGUGGACCAGGAGGCGGACAAGAUUCAGCGUCAAUCCUCAAGGACGCUGGAGUAACUGUUUUGACGAAUGCAAACCUUGAUAUUCCGUACAGAGAAGCACUUGGUUGUACGGCUGAAAACAGGAGGGUCCAAAGAUCUACAAGCGUUAACAAAGGAGAACAAAUUUUGAGGGAGUUUGAAAGCAUUUCCAGAGGUAGAUCCAGUGUCCACGAUGCAUCUUGGGUCAAUCUGCAGGCAGUCAGUAUCCAGUCGGCCUUCCCGGAGAGCUGGAUGUUUGAGGAAGUCGAACUCUUACCCUUUGCAGGAGAAACCGGUGAAACGCUACACCGAUCUACUCUACCUGACAGUGUCACUACCUGGGUCAUUGAGGCAGUCGCAGUCUCUGCAGACUUUGGCCUGUGUGUGGCCAACCCGAUCAAACUGGAAGUCCGCCCUCCGUUUUUCCUCGACCUCAGCAUGCCCUACUCGGUCCUGCGUUUCGAGCAGAUCGAGAUCGUCGCGACCGUGUUCAACUAUGCCGACCGCCCCUUCGAGGUCUCUGUCUACUUGAAAGGCAAGGACGGACUAUGCUCAGUGGCUCAACCAGAAGAAUACUCAGACGGCACACUCAUCGAGGUUACACCCAGUGCUCCCGCCUCUGUCAAGUUCGUCAUUAUGCCACUCGAGGUCAAGGACAUACCCAUAGAAAUUGUUGCCGUUGAUACGACGGGAGUAUACCAAAAUGGCGUCGUAAAGCACUUGACCGUUCGACCUGAGGGAACCAAGAAAGAGGUUGUAGUUCCACUGACUCUGGAUCCAGCGAAUAGCCGUGGGUCACAGAGAAGCGAGCGAGUGGGCCAAGAGCAACACUAUUAUCACAUGCAGAACUGGAAGGACGAUGGUGGCAUCUAUCAAGUGGACUUCAUUCAAUACAUUAUCAACAAAAAUGCAAUCCCUGGUACCCACAGGGUUCGGAUGAGUCUUUUUGGUAAAGUGCAGGGAAGCGUCGUAGAAACGGUGAUAGGAGGUGUUGACAACCUACUGAUGAUCCCCACGGGCAACGGCGAGGAGACCAUGAUGCGGCUAGGGCCCAAUGUCUACGUCUACACCUAUCUCAAAAGCACUUAUCAAAUCUCUGCUAACCUGGAGACCUCUUCAAUGCAGUACAUAGUGAACGGCGUUGCACGUGAGCUCACCUUCCGUUUGAGCGACGGGUCAUUUUUUGCCUUGGCAUCAAGUUUCCAAAGCAGCACGUGGUUAACGGCUUUCGUUGCGAAGGUGUUCUGUCAGGCGAAGGAGUUUGCCUUUAUCGACGACGGAAUAAUCUGUAUGGCAAUGGAAUGGCUGAUAACUCGUUCCCAGAGUCCGGAUGAUGGGUCGUUUCGUGACGUUUACAGAGUACUUGACAGAGAAAUGACCGGAGGUGUCCAAGGCAAAGUUUCACUGACUGCAUACGUUCUUAUUUCGCUGUUGGAAUGCCAGUGCGAUACAUUCGAUAAGGACAGUUCUGUUGCUGCUGCAGCUACCUUCCUGGAGGCGGAAUUGGAAGAGUUGACACGCCCAUACGCCAUUGCCAUCACGGCGUAUGCUCUGGCUCUUGCCAACAGCAGCAGGGUGCAGGAUGCCAUACGAAUGCUCAAAGAUAUUGCUACACAUGAUGAAGCCUCAGACUCUCGUUACUGGGCGGCAGAUGAUUCCUCGUUCGGUGGUGGCUCAAAACCUUACUGGUACAGCCGUCGCCCGAAAGCCAUCGAGGUUGAGACUACCAGCUACGCCUUGCUUGCACUGUUGACAGUAGGCGAUAUUCAGUACACGCACGCUAUUGUGAAGUGGCUGACCAAUCAAGAAAAUUACCACGGAGGAUUUGUUUCUUCUCAGGACACCGUCAUGGCACUGCAAGCCCUGUCGGUGUACGCUUAUAGGGUACAAGAACUGGACAUUGAUUUCUUCUGCACAGUCACGUGUGAUGAGAGUAACUACGAUGAAACCUUCAGGGUGAAUGCAGAUAACGCGCUUGUGCCCCAAGUAGGAACUAUAAAUAUUCCAAACAACAGCGGUGAAAUCAAUGUGUUCGUCACGACCGAGGGAACAGGCAUUGGCCAGUUUAAAUUUGAAGCUUCAUAUUACAUCGCUGAGCCCAACUAUUACAGUUGUGACUUUGAGCUACAGGCGAACGUGGGUGAGGUUGCGGAGGAGGAUCAGCUGAUGGAAAGGGAACUUUUUUCCUAUGACAUACGAGUGAGGUACUUGCGUGGCGAGAAAAGCGGUAUGGCUAUCUUGGUUGUUGGCCUCUUCACCGGCUACGUUGCGGUUGAGGAGGAUCUGAGAAGGGUGACGGCAAACAGUAACGGGCGGGUUCAGCGAUAUGAAACAACUGAGCACUCGGUUGUUUUCUACUUCGAAGAUGUCCCUAGAUUGGAAGCAGUAGACAUCCAGUUCCGUGCUGAACGUUUGUUUCACGUCGGUAGGGUGCAGCCCGUUGCCAUCCGAGUCCGUAACUUCUAUAAUUCCACAGAAGAAUGUGUAAAGUUCGUCAGUCGCAAAGAGGGCUACUCCUCCAUUCCAACGUUUUGUGAGGGAGACACGUGCGUGUGUGCCGCAGGGAAAUGUGCACGUGAACCGGCCAGGAGUUCAAAGGACUACAGUGUUUACGAAAUGACAGUAAGGGCCUGUGCAUCGGAAGCCCAUUUUGCUUACAAAGUGCGCGUCGAUGCUGUGGUGGGCAAAGGUGAUUUUGAGCUGUACAACAUGACAAUUCUUGAGCCUCUCAAACGAGGCAUUGAUGAAGUCCUGAAUGAUGACGUACGGGUCUUUGUGAAAAGUAAAGGAUGUGAUACUCCUAAAUUCAGGCUACAACAUACGUAUUUGGUUAUUGGAACAGGAGGAUUGCCGGCUAAGGACAUGGCAGAAUAUGCGUACACGUACCUGAUCGAUGGAAGAAUGUAUUUUUACACAUACCCUACGGCGGACCGAGUAAGAACUGGUAAGUGGCGACGGAUCAACCAGAAACUCGUGGAGCUGGAGCGCCAAAUGGAACACGGGGCAUGCAGAUCUUAAAAAUGAACUCAUUCCCGUACCAUACCAGAGUUUAACGGUCAAGUCAUUCUUUACAUUUCACUUUUCAAUAUUGGAAGGCAUCAGUCUAAAUUUUUCACACGAACUGUUUUAAUUUUGUUAAAUGGCCUACUUCGCUUAUGUUUGUCGUCAACUGAUUCUGACUUCAACCCCGGACUUGUGACUGGACGUCCGGAUGGAAUUGUAAUCGGGCAUGUGAUAAAGCGGAUAACAAUAAUUCCACGUCGUGUCGUAUUUUAUUGGUAUGUCGUGAAUGUUGCUAUUCCGGAGCUUAGUAGAUCUAUUAUUUUUUUUUAGCUUUUGUGCGGGGUGAUUGCGUAAAUGCUGGCUCGAUAUACGUGUGGAAUUAUUUCCUAUUCUCUCCACACGGUGACCAGAAUUCAUGCCGUAGAGCAAACUUGAAUGGCGAAAGUCAGAGCUGUUUAAAAACGGCCAUAACCAAGCAAAGCCAAUCUGAUUAGUUUUGAGGGCGUUAUUUGAAUUAAUAUUGUUCAUUAUUUCCUCACCGACCUUGACUUAAUUUUUAUAAGUAUUGUUGUUGCCUCGUAUGGGUCAAGGCAUGCCAGAAAUCAUACUUUGACCAACGCAAAAAAAGUAAAAUUUCUUUAAUUCAUUUAAUAGAUUAAUACAUUUGAGAAACAUUUAUUUUGUAGCCCUGCCAUGGUUUGCCCCUUACAUGUACUUGUGCAUAGAAAUAGUACGUAUAUAUUGACAACAGCACUUCUCGUUGAUCUCAUACAUGGGCUUGAGUUCUUUAACCAGUUUGUAGCUUGACUUACGACAUUUAUAAAUGAUUUUUCUGAGUGAUUGAUAAUUUGCGCUAAUCAGUGUGCUUUGCUGUAAUUUCAACUCUUGAUAAAAAUUGGACAAGUAGGGCUACAGUUACCGACGAGAGAACAGAAUUGUCGAAUGUAGACAAUUAGGGGGACCAAAAGGUGUGAGGUGUUUGUAUGAAUAAAGCAGGAUCUGACAAAAUA